UGAGAAAAGUUGCCAGCUUGGUGCAUUUCAAGAAGAGGUUGUAUGAUCUGGUAUUGAAAUGUGAGCCAUAUAAUUUAGAGGAAUUUAGAGCAUAUUGCAGGAAUCAAUAAUUGUUGAAUUUUUUGUUUUGAUUUGACUUGUUCCAGUUUUAUACAUGGUGUAAUCUUUUGGAAUUAAUAAAUUACUAUUACUAUUACAUACAAUGUACAUAAUUUACUUCAUUUGGCCAAUGAAGUGAGAUCAUUUGGAGUUUUGGAUAAAUUCAGUGCUUUCAAAUUUGAAAACCAUAUGUACAAAUAAAAACAGUCCCUUGAGACUUCUGGAAGACCGUUACAGCAAAUACACAAUCGAAUACAAGAACAACAGUCAUUACCUCUGAAGAAGAGAAUACCCUUACCUCGCCCUAUUCUCACAACAAAUAGUAAUGGAAAUGUGUCCUUGGUCUUUCAACACUUCAGGCUAAAAUGAAGAAGCCCAGAUAAUUGUGUUAUGUUGAAAACUGGAGAAGUUGGCUUGGUAAGAAGUAUUACUGAACGUUCUGGCGAUAUAAACCUAAAUACUGAGGUUUUCAAAAAUAUGGAGAGUUACUUCUCAGUACCUUGCGAUUCUAUGAUGUUUGGAAUCAAACAAAUGAGGAACUUUUAGUGUGAAAGACAUUGAAAAUAAAUGCAUGAAGUUGCCCCUUGAUGAAAAACAUUUUUAAUCAUUUCUCUUUUACACACUUUUGAUUAUAUAGUUUAAUUUUAAAUUUAUAUUUUGAGUCCACUAUUCCUUCUACCAUUUCAUAUAGGAGUAACAUUCAUAAUCUGAGAAACUGAGUAGUUUUGGACAAUUGUUAUCAGUGACAAUUAUUUGUCAAUGAAUUAAUUUUUCAACAUCAUCAUCAAUUAUUUUUUUUACUGUCGAUUUUUGUAAUUUUGUAUAAUAUGAUGGUUGAGUAUUAUUUUUAGUUUCUAUUCAUAUUAAUAUUAACAGAUGACUUUCUUAGGAAAAAAUGAACAAUAAACAAUAUUCCUGUAUCGUUUUUUGUAACGAAUCAGACAUCAAUAACGAGUCUGUAGCUGAAGUACCUGUUAAUUGGCUAGAUGAAACCAACACAAAUUGCAAAUGGCCUCCAUCCCCUGCCCUGGUAUCGUUGUAUAUCAACAGAUAUAAGAAACCAAUGGAGAAUUGGAUUUCUUAUAAAGUCAGAGUAACUGCUACUUUUGCAACUCUUGAAGAAGCCCGUAAUUUCAACAGGGGUGAAACGGUUGAUUCCAGUGGAAGAAGACCAGUGAAAUCACCGGACGUUUAUAGUCCGGAUGAAUUUGGGGAAGCCAGGAAAGUAAAAAGACCAGCUUUGCCCACCAAUAUAGACGUAGCUAUCCACAGUAAAAAAAAAACAUGAAACAUGAAAAAAAAAUUAUAUUUUCUAUGAUUUCCUCUCAAACAAAAUUUUACCGGAUGAUAGGAUCAUAUGCAACUAUGGAUAAAUAUA